GGGGACGAGAGGAUUAAUUUCUUUCCCGUCGGGACCAACGUGAGCUACGUCUGCCGCCCCGGCUACGAGAACACCUCGGAAAGUUCCCCCACCAGCACUUGCCUUGAAAACCUGGCGUGGUCGGAAGCUGCCGAGCUGUGCAGGAGUGAGUAUCUCCGCUCCGCGUGCCGAAAGGCAGCCGGGGAGCUGGGAGCAGGGAGGUCCUGCGGCGCGCCGGGAGCGCCGCGCGCCGGCAGGACGGUCGCUCUCACAGACUUGCGGUUCGGUGCGCGAGUGAACGUGUCCUGCGAAGACGGCAACGGAAAGCAUGAUGGUGAAGGUGUGGAAAAAUUUGCUUAUAACUCAACCGUGACUUACAGCUGCGACUCUGGCUUCCAGCUUGUUGGAUAUGUGAGCAUCCGUU